GUCCCUCCCCUUUCCUGUGCAGCUCCGACAAAGCGCUCCAAGCGUUUGAACUGAAGGAGAAACCACAGCUCGGGCAAAAAAAAAAAAGCCCGCGGCGCGAGCUGCGAAGCCAGCCGGGAUCGGCGCCCGCCUCCGCCCUCGGGGCUCCCGCCGCGCCAUGAAGAGCUGCCUGAAGUGGCUGCUGGGCAUCGCGGCCGUCGCCGUCGUCGCCACGGUCAUCGCCGUGCCCCUGGCGCUGCUCACCGGCCAAAGUACCUCUAAGCCUGACUCACGAAGAACAUAUACUCUACAGAAUUACUUGAACAAUGACUAUAAGUACAAAACGUAUAAUUUGCAGUGGAUUUCAGGAAACCAAUAUCUUCACAAAACAGCUAAUGGGGACAUCGUACGUAUUGAUGCUGGCACUGGAACAUCCACAUUAAUCUUGCCGAAUACAACAUUAGAUAAAUACAAGGCAACCACAGUUAUUUUGUCUGCUGACCAAAGAUUUGCUCUUCUGCAGUACAACUAUACAAAGUUGUGGAGGCAUUCCUAUACAGCUUCAUAUCACAUCUAUGAUUUCAGUAGCAGUUCUAUCUUAGGUGGUGGACUACUACAUAAUGAUACACAGUAUAUAUCCUGGUCACCUGUUGGUCACAAACUGGCAUAUGUUUGGAAUAAUAAUGUUUAUAUUAAAGCUUCACCAACAGCGGAAUAUGUGCAAAUCACUAAAAAUGGGGAAGAAAAUAAAAUUUUCAAUGGAAUACCAGAUUGGGUUUAUGAAGAGGAAAUGUUUGGCACGCAUUCUGCUCUGUGGUGGUCUCCAAAUGGUGAUUUUGUGGCAUAUGCAGCAUUUGAUGAUUCAGAAGUUCCUGUAAUAGAGUAUUCCUUUUAUUCUGAGGACACCUUGCAGUAUCCAAAGACCGUUAGAAUUCCAUAUCCCAAGGCAGGAGCUACAAAUCCAACUGUGCAAUUCUUUAUUGUGGAUACCAGAGCACUUCCUGAUUGCCACACUGCUGAAAUUCCUCCACCUGCAGAAAUAAAAUCAGUGGAUCAUUAUUUGAGUGUUGUAACAUGGGUGACAGAUGAAAGGAUCUGUUUGCAGUGGCUCAGAAGAAUUCAGAAUUUUUCAGUCCUCACAGUCUGUGACUUUGAAAAUGCUACUGGUAAUUGGUCAUGUCCACAGGGAAAACAACGUACAGAAGAAAGUACAACUGGCUGGAUUGGCAGAUUUCAGCCAUCUGUCCCUCACUUUGCACCCGACAAUGCUACCUACUACAAAGUGUUCAGUGAUACAGCAGGUUACAAGCACAUCCAUUACAUAAAUGGCUCACAGGCUCCAAUACCUAUUACUGCAGGACCAUGGGAAGUAAUUAGCAUAGAAGCUGUAACUGAUAAAUUUUUAUACUACAUUAGUAAUGAAAAUGGUGGAGUGCCAGGAGGAAGAAAUCUUUAUAAAGUGCUCUUGGAAAGCAGUCCAAAUUCUGCUGAAUGUGUUAGCUGUGAUCUGAAUCGAGAAAGAUGCCAGUAUUAUUCAGUGUCCUUCAGCAAAGAUGCACAGUAUUAUCAGCUACAUUGUCAUGGUCCUGACCUGCCUAUAUCUACUUUGCACAGCAGCAGUGAUGAUCGAGUCCUCAGAUACCUGGAAAAUAACACUGAACUGGAAAAUGCAUUGAAAGAUAUUCAGAUGCCUACAAAAAAAAUUGGCUUCAUUAGGGUAGCUGACUACAACCUGUGGUAUCAAAUGAUAUUGCCUCCCCAUUUCGAUUCAUCAAAGAAGUACCCUCUGCUCCUUGAUGUGUAUGCAGGACCCUGUAGUCAGAAAGUAGAUUAUGUCUUCCGGAUCAACUGGGCAACUUACCUCGCAAGCACUGAGCAGAUAAUUGUGGCCAGCUUCGAUGGCAGAGGAAGUGGGUACCAAGGGGAUAAAAUUAUGCAUGCAAUAAACCGAAGGCUGGGAACGCAUGAAGUGGAUGAUCAGAUAGAAGCAGCCAGAAAAUUUUCUGAAAUGGGCUUUGUUGAUAAGGACAGAAUAGCUAUUUGGGGCUGGUCUUAUGGGGGAUAUGUGACCUCCAUGGUGCUUGGCUCUGGAAGCGGCGUGUUCAAGUGUGGAAUAGCGGUUGCCCCUGUGUCGCGUUGGCAAUAUUAUGAUUCAAUAUACACAGAGCGAUACAUGGGCCUUCCUACAGCAAGUGAUAAUCUGAACAACUAUAAUAAUUCAACAGUAAUGGCCAGAGCUGAAAAAUUCAAGGAAGUUGAAUAUCUCCUUAUUCAUGGAACAGCAGAUGAUAAUGUUCACUUUCAGCAAGCUGCACAGAUUUCCAAAGCUCUUGUUGAUGCUGAAGUGGAUUUUCAGGCAAUGUGGUACACUGACAAAGACCAUGCCAUCACUGGGCAAGCACAUAAGCAUAUUUAUACCCAUAUGAGCCAUUUCAUAAAGCAGUGUUUCUCACUGCCCUAGCACCAGCAUUUUGUGGGUUAGUGAUGAUAAUCUCCAGAAAACUCUCUAGCUAUGUAUCCUGAGCCAGUAUAAACUUUUACGAAUCAAGAUGAGAUAAGGGUCAGCCCUUGGGAUACCUGUGUACACAAUGAAAUGCUAAUCUUUGUAACUGUUUCUGUUGUUAAGCAGUAUUGCAUUUUUAUUGAUUUGUGUUUAAUCAGGUCUUAACAUCACCAGUAUGUUGCAGGCUUCUAGAAAGCGUGGUACUUGCUUGAAUCAGUACCUUUUGAUAGUUCAGUCCAGUUUCUACAUUAGGGUAAUGAAUGAUGGCAAUGUCAUAGAAGAACCAAUGUGGAAAUCAGUUGAGGAACAAAAAUAAUAAUGCUUGCAACAAAAUUUGAAAUUAAUCCUGUGAUAAUUUUCUGUGAAAAUACUGAUACAACUUUAAAUAGAUUUUUACAGAAAUUACCUAAUGCCUAAUCAAUUAUUAGAGACAUUAUCAGGAAUACUGCACUGUUAAUAUUUUCUAUGCAGAGUGAAACACUUUGUUUACUGCAUGUCCUUGCAUUAGUAUUUUCUGUGCAAUCUCUUGGAUUGCAAUUGUAGAAGUCUUGCAAGGAAAGUACAUAAUGGGCAUUUACCAAAGAUUUUUGAACAAUACCUACACAGACUGAUGACACUGAAUUUCUUUGUUUCCUAUCAUAAUGCUGUGAUUUUUGCUUACUUUAUAGUCAAAAGGCUGCUACUGUGGGAAUCUGCAUGGGUAAGAUCUCACUUGAACUCUAGCAGCCCACCACUGUUUCUUUAUGGGACAGAAAAUUCAUAUAUUUUUUUAGAAGUUUUGUAUUUACUGAUGAAUAGGAUGUAUUCCUAUCACUCAAUCAUAGAACACUGCACUACAAUGCAAACUAGCAGUCAUUUAAAGCAAGGGCUGGACUGUAACUCUCAUGUGAACAUGCUAUUUAGCAAACCUGCGUUUUCUUGCAGCCUAUCAGUGAACUUCUGCUUUAUCUUCAGUGCUCUAGGUUUGCUUCUCCAUUUGAAGAUUAGUCUUAAUUUCACAUAGACAGAAAAGAUGCAACUCACUUGUACUACAAACUGUGCUUCUUUAAAAUAAUAAAGACAUGAAUUUAUGAAAAGAGGUGUAGUCCAUAUCAUUGCCAAUGUUGCUCAAGAAACUAACUCCUAGAAUUUUACGACAGACCAUUAAUUUUGAGAGAGGCUUACAGUGAAGUUUCUGGUUUUGUUUAAUGGUAUCGUUUAAUGGAGCGUGACGAUUAUCUAACACUUAGAUUCUUAUUAUACGCCAGCAUGAGACUAUGUAUUUAUUGUGGAUUAUUACUGACACUAGGUGUGAAUGUCAAAGUACUCAUACAGACAGGUAAAGCAUGGGGGGAGAACGUCAAGACAGCUUGUGCAGCUUGUCCUUAAAUGAGAGAAAGAAUGGGGCCAGAGGUAGAAAAUAGGGUUUUGGUUUUACAAACAAAAAAUCCUUGACUCACAGAAUAAGGGUGUUUUGGAUAAACAAACUGGAGAUGGGUAUUACAAAUAUAAUUUCAGGCUCAAUUUAUUAGUGGUUUUAAUGUAGACUGGCACCACUGUUAAAGUUUAUAGGAUAUAAGCUGUCAGUUGUCUGCAAGAAGUUAUAGUCUCCACGUCUCUGAUUCUUUUGACUCAAAGGAAAGAAACAUAAAUCAUUAUAAAGGUUAUAAAAAAGAUUAUCAUUAUUAACUUCUGAAUUGCUUGUAUAUGCAAGGGGCAAACAGUCGGGUUCUUUUUAAAUGUUAUGACUCACACUGUCACAGACAACAGUAUUUCUAUAAUCCAAAGCCUGCAUUAACUAGGCUCACAUUAAAGAACUGCAAGUAUUCCCUUAGUGUAUUCAGAGAAGCAUUUAAAAAAAAAGACUUUUAAAUAAAACUAAAAAUUACAUGAUCUGGGUAAGCCUUUCAUUGAGUAAAUAUGCAGUUCUGUGUAUCUGACCUACCUUACUGAUGCUGGCGUCUCACUGGGAACUCUUCUGUGUGCUCAGUACACAAUCCUGUUUUAACUGUCUUAUCUGUGAGGCUUAACAAAGUACAAUGCCAAUUAUCUUGUAUUUCUUUAUCUGGAAAGCAACUUCUAAGAUAUGCUGCUAAUAAAGCAUGUAAGUACAUAAAACUGAGGCCACAGAAGAAAGACAGCUCAUUUCAUUACUGUAGAAAGACAGCACUAGGAACCAGUUGCACCUGAAGAAGUGCCAUAUGCUAGAGUUAGUUAGGCACUUGACGAUUUCCUUUAUUUCUCUUUAUUUUUUUCCACAUGAAAUGGAGACCAGUUUGUUGUACCAUGUUGCGUAAAAUCCUAACAGAAGAGGCUGAAGCCUGAGGUGUGACUCUUCCGAGUUCUCUGGCUGGAAGGCUUCUAGUCUUUGGUUUAAAACUUGGUGAAGAAGCUCAAAGGAAUUUCAUAAGAUGGAGUCAGUACUUUUAAGUGUUGGAUUUUGGCAGGAGUACUAGACUUUAAGGCCUACAAGUUUUUCAGUAGCAGAAAUUUAGGGUCCUGAGAAUAGCAGAAGCUAAGUCGCUGUUCAACUACUAGACACUUUUAAUAUUGUAACACUGAGGAAUUUAAAAUUGUAUGCCCUUACCUACUGAUCUGUAAAAAAGACUCAGCAGCUGCUGCCUGGUCUACUUCCUCUCUCCCAGGAGCAAGAGGAACCAGUGCGUGAGCAGUAAAUUCCCAUUCUGUUCCUUGAACAGGUGUCAGUUAUGUGCCAUCCCUGAUAGCGCACUCGCUGUUAGAGUCACACCGAGCACACCACCAACAUCUAUACACAACAAAUGAGCACUGAUAGCAUUGCGUGUUUCAGUGAGAUUCCACUUGGAAA